CUAAUCUCCAAUUCUUGACCUCAUUUUCGAUCUAUAUACGUACAACCCACCAUGGCUCUCAUACGCCCUCAGAUGAUUCGUGCAUCCCUUCGUGCCGCCGGAGACACUGCUCGACGACCCAUACAGCAGGCUGGACGCCGGACGUACGCUUCUGCACAACAAAGCACCAAGAAAUCCAGCGACCUCCCAUGGAUGCUGGCAUCGGUUGGCCUCGGCGUCCCCGCUGCAUUCUACUUGCUUCAGUCCAGCCCCUCCAAGAUCGCGUCACACAACCACCACGGCGAAACAAGAAUGACUGAGAGGAAGGAAGCCGAGAUUCCCCCGGAGCGUGAGACUGUUGGCCCGGAUGUGAAGCCUUCUGAGGUCGAUGCGCCUGCCGGUAGGAAGGCACCUUCAGGAGCCAACACCAUUUCUGCCAAGCAGGAGGGCCUUGACAGUUCGGACACUUCCAACCCUUACGUUGCAGAACCGGGAAAGAGCGUAAAGGGUGAGGGCGAGACGGAUUCUGUCAAGCUGAAGGGAACUGUUGACCCUACUCGACCACAGCGGUGAUUGCACUCUGCUUUUGAUGGGAAGUAACUCAGUAUGCGAACAUGUCCGCAGUCGGCUCUGUCAGAUAUUGAUAUCUCUGUAUGCCCAAGAGACUCAACGUGUAAUAUAUUACAUAGCACAAUAGUUUCACAUAACGAAGAUCUCCGCCGCCGUAAGUGUCCUAAACAGCCAAGGUCCUUGAGCAGUUUCAGAACGGCUACUAUGGAGGGAAAGUGAACUCAGCCAUUGCAAAAUCACCAGCGCAAAUCUAUUAUUAUGAUUAUCAUUAGCUUGGCAGAAGGUGGUCUUCAAGGCCAUCCACUAAAAAAGUACAAUGAAC